AUGGUUCACGACCAUCCAACACCGAGUGCUGCUAGCUACGCGGAGAGUAUAGUGAGCAAUGUCGUUCGGCAAAUAGUCUUCGACUUGCGUGCUGAAGUUUCCGACCGGACAUCGCUUAAAAAGUUGACCAAACUUUUUGUCGAGAAAUUGGACGGUUUAGCACAGACCACGAGGCUUUUUAUGGAGCAUGCUGGCCGAACCCAACCAUCCAUCCAGGAUGUUCUGGCGGCGUUUCCCAUCCAUCGAAUCGAUAUUCAGGAUUUGAUAGCGUCCGAGAGGGAUAGGCCACCACUUCCGAUUCCAUCGAGGUACCAAUUCCCGGUCCCCCACGAAGAGGACUUCCAUAUGGCCGUGUAUGGUCCCAAGCCGUCAGAUCGAGAGCUCCGAAUUCGCCCCGACAACAUUCCCAGUUAUCAUAGAGCGAUUCACCCAGAAUGGUGCAUGGAAAAAGAAGACGUUCCGAUUCCGAAACCUCCAAAAAUUGUGACAGUCACCGAGGAGGAAUUUCGGGAGUUCAAGAAGCCCAAGUACCCAUGGGACGAGAAUCCAGAUGAAAAAAGAAAACGUGAGGAGAAGGAUCGACAGAAAGCCAAAGAGAUUGCUCAUGCCAAAUCGCGUAACAAGAAGCGGUAUGAAGAAGGGAUUACGGCAUUCAAGGAUACGGAUCUUCCGAAUUUCGAGGAUAUGGCUUUCGUGGAGGUUUUUGAGGAUUUGGAGUAUAGUAGGAUGCUAGAAGCAGGGAAAAAUAUGGAUUCUGUGGCAAAGGUGGAGAAGUAUCCUGGAUCACCAGAGAAGGAGGUUGCUAAGAAAGAUGAACUGGUUAGAAAGAUUCCACAUAUCUUGAAAAAGCCAAAACCAGUGAAAAGGAGCACAAAUUUGUUAAAGGGAACUUUACCAAUGACUCCGCUAUCUGAACCACCAAAGUUCUCGACUCCAGAGCCACAGAAAAAGAUUCCGACACCCAGAAUAGAUACUCCUCGUCCGCCACCUCCACUCCCAAUGAUCGCUCCGAAUUUCCUGUUCCCAAUUCUUCCACCUAUGCCAACAACACCACCAGCAAGACCAGCACGUCUGAAGAAGAAGUCAGAGGCUUUUGAUCCGAGCCCGACUCCCAAAUUAGGCGGAUAUUUGACUCUUAAAAUUAAGAAGAAUCUCGGAUACUUGGAUAAGCCAACUACUCCUGUCCAGCCUGUACUUCCACCACUCACCUGGCUCCCCGAAAGAUCUGUCACACCAGAUUUGCCAACUAAAACCGUAAAGCUCAAAAUUAAAUUUGGAUCUGAGCAACUUCCCACGACUCCAGGAAAUCAAGCUGUACCUCUUCCGCACACCCCAUCCUCAAGAUCCCCUCUGAAAAUCCGAAUCAGCUCGGCGUUGGUUUCAAGUUCAGAACCCAGGCAAAAUGAUUAUGGAAAAGAGAAUGGAGAGGAAGAUGGAACCAAAGAAGAAGAGCAAAACUGUCCGAUUUGCCACGUGGAAUACGAGAAGGAUGACAACAUGGUGGCUUGCGACAAGUGUGAAGGAUGGUUUCACUGGCAUUGUGUUGGGAUCACCGUCGAGCCGAAGGCUGCCCAUUGGUAUUGCUCGGCGUGUGUCAAGAGUCAGACGAAGUCUGGAAAGCGUCGGGGACGACCAAGUGGACUCCCAGAUUCGGCGAAGAAGGCCAAGAAAUAA